AGCCGCAUCACUGAUUCAGAUACCAAACUCUUUAUCAUCUUGAUCAACCAUGUCGUCGGCCCCUACUGUCGCAUUAACAGCUAUCUGGACAGACGACCGAAAUACAUGUAAAGGCCGUCUACGCGGAAGCUAUAGAGUGGACCAGGCCGUGGGAAUGUUACAAAGAGAAAUCUGCAAACAUGUUACUAUGGUGUACGGCCUCGAGGCCCUCGACCCUCCAUUGAACCCACUCGCCAUGCAGGCGAAGUACUUUCCAGGUGCUGAGCCUUCAGAUCUGCUCAGCGUCUGCAGCUCCACUGGUCUCACAGCAAUAAUCAGUCCUGAUGCCGAGUCAACUGGUCGAAUCCAGACCCACUUAGCUGAGCAGGCACAGGCAAAUCAGACAUCCGUGGAACGCAAUACGACAUUGGCCACUGAUAGCGAUAGUGCGACCACCUCUCAGUCCAGCACAUCAGUCCAGUCUCGUAAAUCCAAAAACAGAAAGAAACGAAAUACUUCAUCGAAGGCCAAUCUCCCUCAGGUGACUAUGGACAGCCAGCUUAAGGACAUGCUGGCCUCGAUGCAGAACGAGAUUGCGGAGUCCCGGAGAGAGAAUGGGAGCAUGCGAAAUGAGAUCGAGAGCAUGCGAAAUGAGAUCGAGAGCAUGCGUAACAAGAACGAGAGGGUUCUCAAUGAGAACGCGAGGAUUCUCGGUGAGAAUGGGAGCAUGCGCAACGAGAUCGAGAGCAUGCGCAAUGAGAUCGAGAGCGUGCGCAACGAGAGUGAGAGGCUUGUCAAUGAGAACGAGAGGGUUUCCGAUGAGAACGAGAGCAUUCGCAAUGAUCUCGCUAACCUUCACAAGCAUCUAGAGGCGGAGAAAGUUAAACGCGCUCAGGACAUUGAAUCACUGAGAGAAGUCACUAUGUUACUAGUCCCCUUGCAUCUUCGUGUCCUACUCGACCUUGCACGUAAAAAGGUUCUGGAACACCUUGGCCACGAGACUUGGGAAGAACUUCGCGAUACCCGCAGUGUCUAUCAACUUGCAGAUAAUAUCUUCAACGACCUCCUCAAACGGACGGAUUUAUCAUUCCACCCAUCACACCAGUCCAUCCUUUUCUUAUGUUCGUACAAUAAUGUUAGGCGGGCGGGAAAUGUGGCCGCUCACAACGCAAAGGAGUGCGAUAUCAAGAGUGCAGUGGAAACCCAGGCACUGGACUCCAAUGAUCGACGAUGCUUGGAACAUUUGUUUAGAUAUACGUACGACGGGGCGCUCAUCUAGGAGUUAUCAUGGCAUUUACUGCACGACUAAUACUUGUUUUUCACAUUUGUAUCAUACAACUACAACCCAAAUGCCAUUGAUAGCAGAA